GCCAACCAAAGUAACAUGGACACUCAGAAUCCAAACAGUUCAAAAAUUUCUUCCGGAAAUGGAUUACCCUCAAAAAAAUACAAAUCAAAAAGGUCAAAAACAAACGAACAUGAUAAUCAAAAUAUAAAUAUGAAAAAAAGUUUUUCAAAAUUCGAUGAUCUGCAAAAACGUAAUGUUAUUCAUGUACGUUCACAAGAUUCUAAAAAAGCACAAUCACUUUUUCGAUCUACAAUUACUGAGAAGCUAGAAAUCUGUCACCAAUGCAAGAAACCCGUAUACAAAAUGGAAGAGGUCAUUCUUAGGUUGAAGACAGAAACGACUAUUUUUCAUAAGACGUGCUUACGUUGCAACGACUGCGGCAAACACCUUAAAUUUGAUAGCUAUAAUGUUCAUGAUGGAAGUCUAUAUUGCUCUAUGCACUUUAAAUUAAUCUUCGCCCCGAAAGUAGUUUACGAAGAAUUUACGCCACGAAAACCAGAACUCAUAAUAAGAGAGAAUCAACCAAUUAUAUUACCGCCGGAUGUUGCUAGAGCAUCCGAUAAACCGAGUCUUGGUCUCGACGAGCUUCAACAACUAAAUCUUCGCUCAAAAUUUAAAGUUUUCGAAAAUGGCUUUAAGGAACAUAAUAAUUUAGUAGAACAUCAAGAUACUGCUUUUGCGCAUAAGAAGUCAAUACAGUCUACACUUACUAAGCUUCAUAAGCUAGGGAUACCUUAUUCAGAACUACAAAAAUUAGAUGAUAAUAACAACAGUGACAAUAAUAAUGAAACAACUGAUGACGAAAGCGACGUGAAUCUUAUGUGCUCAAAAAAGGACUUGAAAAGAGAAACCCCCGUAGGCUUGGGGGAAGCAAUGAAUGAUAUAAGAUCUAAGUUUGAGCAAGGUGACUUAAUGGCAAAGGAAGGGCGCCGCGAGGAAAGAAAACAAGAAAUACAAAAUAUACGCUCUCGAUUGUUUCUGGGUAAACAAGCAAAAAUAAAAGAAAUGUAUAAAUUAGCUGUUGCUGAAUCAGAACUGGCCGUUACAUCUGUUGGUAAAACCGCAGAUAUUCUUGUCAUUAAGCCCACUCAGGAAAUAAAGAACCGAUUUGAAAAUGGUGAAGUUUUUAAAGAUAGUAAAAUUCCAUCGAGCGAAGUAAGUUUUAGUAUUCAUGCGGAUGCGGAUGUAUUCGAGUCUGGAAUAAGCAAAGCAUCAAGAAAUAUCUUUAUGGAGCUAGAUGCAAAUAUAAUUUCGGGUUUGAGCAGUGAUGCGCAAUAUACCCUUCCCGAUAAGAAAAAUCGGGUACGUAAUCAAAAAGGGCAGGAGAAUACCGAUGUUGACGUUAUCAAAUCCGACUCAAAACCAGAAGAAGUUAAGGUCGCCACUGAAGAGUUGUCCCAAAAAUUUAAAUUCUUCGAAACGUAUUCUCCAGCCGAAAAUAAGAAAAAAAUAUUUCGCAUGACACCACCACGUGAGGGCGUUGAAAAGUUGCCAACUCCUGACUCAGAUCCGAAUCGUACAAUUAACACAAAUUUAUACAAUGAUAACAUUUUGCAGACAACAAAAACAAUGUCCACUAUUUUGAAUAAGUUUCGCGAGAUGGAAGAACAAAAAAUGAGUGAUAAACACAAGGAAAACACACCAAAGCCAUUGAAGUGUUUUACUCCACCACCUGAAAUUUCACGCCAUUUUAUUACAUCAGAUACUGAGGAUGAAAGCGAAAGUGACUAUGAACAGAAUAGUGAAGGCGACGAAAAGGGGUCUGAAAUUGGUCCUUCUAACUUUUGUAACAACGAUAAUGCGCUUCACGAGGCGCAAAAUGUUGCACGUGCUAAGCAAUUGAGAGCGAAAUUUGAAAAAUGGCAGGAUAACGAAAUAGAACGAGAAAUAAACGAAGGUCGCGUCGACAUAUAUUCACAGCUUAUUUCAAACGAAUCUAUUGAAAGUGCUAAAACAAUACGGGAACGCUUUGAAAAUAUGAAAAAUUCGAACACGAAACAAGAGAACACAUCAACAACUCAAAUAAAACGCUUUGUUUAACAUCGUGAUGGUCUACUAAUUACGAAUUAUCACCAAAGGCAUAUUUUAAGCAAUAUAUAUGCAUUCGUCCGAAAGAUGAUAACCUGGAAGCUUCGAAAUAAUAUCUUAUAUUUUAUAUGUCUUAUAUAAAUACAGUUUAGACAUUUUCAAUGUGGCAAAUA